UGACCAUGGUGUUUUGGAUGGAAGUUGCUUUUGGAGGGGCUCUUUCUUUAUCAUCUUAAGCAAAUCUUAAACGUCAGAGACACCGGAAAAUAAAGCUGCAUGUAACAGUGCGCGAUCUCCAGCAACCGAAACGGCGGCACCCGGAGAAAUCCGCGUUAUUAGGAACAGAUGAUGGUCAUAAGUGCUGAGCUGUUUGUUUGCUGUUGAAUCAUCGGAAAGAAAGAAAACGUCAGGCGAGGCUCGUGCGAGUCACUGAUAGUCUGAUGUGUGUAUGUGGACUUAUCUCGGCCUGUGAUCGUUGCCAUAAAUAGCCUAAAUGCAUGUAAUUUAUCUGGUUGGAUACGAAAGUUUCUUCGUUCGAUGUAAUAAUUAGUAGCUUAUGUGUUUUAUGUGAUUCAGGAGUAAGUCAAAGGUCAGAUCAAAGUGUUUGUUGUUUUUCUUUUUUUACAACAGACAGCAGUUAUAUAAUUUGUUCGCCUAUAUAUUGGUUAUAAGAUAAAUAACGUCUUGAAUGAAUUCAUGCUUAUGGAAGUUGAUAAAAGAGCAGCAACCUGUAACCAGUUAUUCAUUCUUGACAUGGGCUCGCUGUGACUGACAUACCGUUUACUUGUUUAAUUUAUUUAAGCUUAGUCAUAUUGGCCUUUUUAUAAGUGUGUUUGCCCGUGUGUAUCUGUGAUUCGUUUUAUAGUGUUAUUUAUAAGCAUGGUGACCGUGCAAUGCGUUGAUAGCUGCAUUGCAUCACUUGUGUUUUGACAUAUCUGAAGUCAGGGGUGUCGUGUGGCACUCGAACUGUGUUUAGGAGCUUUUUGAACGUACUACUUCGUUAUAUUUGGACUGAUUCGGUGGAUUAUUCGAGAGAUUUCGAGAGGGAAGACUCAGAUCUGGCACAGUCAGAGAUCCUCGUUGAUAUUCCCAAUUUCUCCCCGCCAAUGCUGGAUCUGGAGGUCGUUCCUGAGCGAUCUUUGGGAAAUGAACAAUGGGAAUUCGCAUUAGGGAUGCCAUUGGCCCAGGCCAUUUCAAUAUUACAGAAACACUGCCGAAUCAUCAAAAAUGUCCAGGUGCUCUACAGCGAACAAAUGCCACUCAGCCACGACCUCAUUCUCAACUUGACUCAGGAUGGAAUUAAACUGCUGUUUGACGCCUGCAAUCAGAGACUGAAGGUAAUUGAAGUGUACGAUUUGAGCAAAGUGAAACUGAAAUACUGUGGAGUACAUUUUAACUCUCAGGCAAUAGCACCUACUAUUGAGCAGAUUGAUCAGUCUUUUGGCGCUACUCAUCCAGGAGUCUACAAUGCUGCCGAGCAGCUCUUCCACCUCAACUUCCGAGGGCUUUCCUUCUCUUUCCAGCUGGACUCGUGGAGUGAAGCUCCUAAAUAUGAGAGACACCUGCACAGACAUCGUGUUCUACUCCUAGCUGUUUUGCCUUGCCAGCCUAACUUUGCCCAUGGCUUGGCCUCCCUGCAGAUUCCCCAUGGGGCCACUGUCAAACGGAUGCACAUUUACUCUGGAAACAACCUUCAAGAAACCAAGGCUCCAGUGAUGCCUCUGGCCUGUUACCUUGGUAAUGUGUAUGCCGAGAGUGUGGAGGUGUUGAGAGAUGGGGCAGGACCGCUGGGUCUCAAACUUCGCCUGCUCACCGCAGGAUGUGGCCCGGGAGUGUUGGCUGAUACGAAAGUGCGAGCCGUUGAGAGAAACAUCUACUUUGGAGAUUCUUGUCAGGAUGUUUUGAGUGCUCUUGGCUCUCCACAUAAGGUCUUCUACAAGUCAGAGGAUAAGAUGAAGAUCCAUUCACCCUCCCCUCACAAGCAAGUCCCGUCCAAGUGUAAUGACUACUACUUUAACUAUUAUAUUCUGGGAGUGGAUAUACUGUUUGACUCUACAACCCACUUGGUCAAAAAAUUUGUCCUUCACACCAACUUCCCUGGCCAUUACAACUUCAACAUAUAUCAUCGGUGUGAUUUCAAGAUUCCUCUCAUCAUUAAAAAAGAUGGGGCAGAUGCUCAGAGUGAGGACUGCAUUUUGACCACCUACAGCAAAUGGGAUCAGAUUCAGGAGCUGCUAGGACACCCCAUGGAAAAACCAGUUGUGCUACACAGGUCAUCAUCUGCAAACAACACCAACCCUUUUGGUUCCACAUUUUGCUUUGGACUACAGCGGAUGAUAUUUGAGGUCAUGCAGAAUAACCACAUAGCUUCUGUGACUCUCUACGGAGCGCCUCGUCCAAGUAGCCUGGCCCAUGCCGAUCCGAGUGCCCACUGAGGAAGCCGCCAUGCCCACGGUGCCCGUCCAGCCCUGCAGAGCCUCUGAACUGACCAGCAGAGUGUGCCUUCACUCACUGCUGCCAUCACACAAGAUAAAGCAAGACAUGCUGGGAGUUUCUCUGGAGUUGAACUCCCCACCCUUCAAAUUUUAAUCAAAUUUUAAUUCCAUUUCGGUCUCCUCCUCUGAUAAUAGCAUGGAGGCUGCCCUCAGCCUGCUAAUGAUCCCGGAUAACCGUGUAAACCUGGCUUUGCCCCCAAAGCUUUAACACAGACAUGCAUCAACAUCAGCAUCGUUAUAAUACUUGUGGAUGCACAGUGAUCCAUUUCCACACAAGCAUAUUUGUGUUUUGUUUUUUUUGCCUAACCUUCUAAAAUUUCCAUACCAGACGCACCAACGGGCAAACUGUGAAGCAAUUUUUCCUCUGCACGCUAAACACUUUAACAAAAAUGCACAUGAAUUCAACUUCGUUUGCUUUCCGACGAGCAGAGGAUUAGAGCAAAGUCAAAUGAGGACAAACUUUCGCAGCAAAAUUCAACGACGAGUGUGUUUUGUAUGAAUUUACGUGAGGUUCCAAGCACAAGCUAGCACAGUAUGGAUCCAGUGCUGUGAAAAUGUUUUUGUGGCACAUGAGCAGGCUCCCAUACACAUUCAUAAACUCAUUUUAAUACCAAGUCAGCAGCACAGAUUACCUCCCAUUUCAAUAGCGUACAGCCGCUUUAUGGUUGAUUCUGUUAUUGUUUUGUUGUUCGUGAGCGCAUUCGUUUUGAACAUUUGCACUAAAAUACACCUAAUUUACUUGAUAAUUGUCUCCUGUCCACUAAGGGACAUUUUAAUUGCCGAGUCUCGGAGAGAAAGGACAGCGGGGGAGGGAACGACGACGUGCAAUCUGGAUUUCAAAGCUAGUAACGACCCUGACUGGCGAGAAAAGCCAUCCACCCAUCGCCGUUUCUCCUUCCCGUUGAAUGCCGUCAAUUUUGUUUGCAUCUUCUUUCUUUUUUUCGUCCACAGUACAGAGAUGUGAAGUUCUUUUACCUUAUUCAGUAUCUUAAAGUCUUAACUGCAGAAUUGUCUUCUGUCGCCUGAUUGCCAAAAUGUUAGCCAAAGAAGAAACAAUGGUUAGCUCUCUGUCAUUUUAAAUUCACAUCGUAAUAAUAAUCUCUUUUGAUUUGAUCCAUACAGUCCCUGAAUUGUUUUUAGCAUAGCAGCUCAAUCGAUUGAUUGGUAAGUAGACAUCAUGUUUUCUAUAGCCAUGUCCAUGUCUGUACAGAUCUGUAAAUAACGUACACCGUUUUCAUUGUUUCAUCAGCCUAAUGGUACCGUAUCAGAUCAGCUGACAUCUGGAACUCCCCUACACUGCUAACAUACUGAGAGUUUCUGCUUUUCUUUGCCAGCCCUUGAGGGACACUAUAGCAGCUUCCCUCCACUGUUGUCCUGGAUGAAGUCGCCUACAUUUGACCACUUUCAGGAGGAUUUAACAAUGAUGACUAGAGCGUUUUAACUUUAGUAGAUGGUUUGUUCACCUCUAACUACUGUUCAUUGCUGUGCUGCCUGGCAGCGUAGCCACCCAUAGCUGUCAAGCUCGGGUUCUCUGGUGUCGUUCCCACCUCCCUUCAGGCUUCUGCAGUGUGUGGUUCAGGCUUAUUCGGGCAUUUUUAGCUUUCUGUUACAUUAACUGCGCUGGAAGGCCGUCAGUGGUGUUUUUAAUAUAUUUUACCCAUAGGUUUUGGUCAUUUAAAAGGAAGAUGAUAUUAACAUUGUGUCUCAUCUCCCACCGAGCCUGUCUUGACUUUUUCUCUGUAAAUGAAAUCGUUUGAAAAACUGCUUUGUGUAUGUCUGAGCAUGUAAAGCUAAAUUGAUAGUCUUUUUGUUUUGAAAAUCGUACCUGAAUAUUAGAGGAACUAAGGAAAAAUGGACUCAUUGAGUAUUGAAAGGCUAGUACUAUGCAAGUUUAUUUCCGCCAUGGAAACACAACAAAAAUUGUGACGUUUUAAUUUCACAAUUUUGACUUUUUCCUCUCAAUUCUGUGUAAAAGUCAAUUGUGAGAUGUAAACCCAGGAUUCUGAGAAAAAAAGUCAAUUGCAAGAGGGAAACUUGCAAUUAUAAGUUUAUAACUCACAAUUGUGAGAUGUCAACUCACAAUGCUGAGGAAAAAAGUUAGAAUUGUGAGAGAUAAACUCACAGUUUGUACAAAAAAGGUCAAAAUUGCAAUCCAGAUAUUAAGUCGCAAUUACCUUUUUAAUUUUUUUUUAUUCCUGGGUGGAAAUUAGCUUCCAUAGUUUACUCUGUUCAAAAUGCAGCAUAUGAAAAAAUUAUGUUAUGAGUCAAAAAUAUAUCAGAACAUGUAGAUGGCCCUUCAUGAUGUGGGGUUCACUAAGUGGUUGCGGUGUUUCCAUCAAAAUACAACCUGUACUUUAAAAAAAAAAAAAAAAAAAACGGUGUGAAGUUCCACUUUAAUGAGUUUAAAACUGUUUAGGGCUGAGGAUCAGAUUUAAAAUGCACAAUUGGAACCUCCGUUGUCAAUAAGGAAUAACACAACUGCUGUUUUAGUGUCAUUUUGGGAGAUUUACUACAGGAGUGUGGUCUGAUGGGCUGAUUGCCUGCCCAAUCUCAGGUGGAUGUUUUAUUUUUAAUGCCAGGAGCAAGUGAAUGCUUAAUUUUCAUCAAAUGGGUUUUGGCUGUAUUGUUUCCUCUUCAGACUUUGUCCUAUUUUUGCAUCGGAAUGAAUGAAUGAAUGAUCGUCCUGAGGAUUGUAAUUAGAAAUGGACAACCUCCAUACAGUUUAAUGCGCAUAUUAAUGCUAUGUAUUGUAUCCCUCUAUAUUGUAUGUUCUUCCCCAUCCUCCAAAGUGAUAAUUUUUUGUGGAUUCAGUACAUUUAACCCAUUUCUGGAAAUGGGAUUUAUCCUCGAUUAAAAAAAGUGUAUCUAAAUUGAUUGCAAUGUGGUGUUUUGUAUCUCAGAUAUUUUUACUUCUGUAGAGUUAAGGAACAUGUAUGCGGAAGAUCAACAUUAUCCGGCAUUUUUUUGUUGUUUCAUUUUGUUUUGUUUUUAAAGCAAUAAUCGUUGUGUUGAUGGAUAAUAAAUCAGAAUGGUCUGGUGUAUGUUUGUCAAUAGCUCAGAAUGGUGCAACAAUGCUGUGACCAUUGGAUUUUAGUUUCCUCGUUGAAUCUACUGAAAGCAUUAUCAAUUUUUUUUAACUGCUAAUUUUGCAUUUUGUUCAUUAAAACUGUUACAGUGUGUUCAACAAAAAUAUUUAAAGAAUGGAUGUAAUAAAUAUGGAGGGAAAGAAUGGAUGCAUCCUUUGUCUUUUGUUAAAAACGUAUUUUAUAUUCACUUUAAAACAAGCUCAAAGUGUAGUAGUGUUCAUGUUCAC